AUGGAUGAAGUUUACAAAGCGUUGGAUGUGAAUUUGGAAGAGCCGCUAAAAACUGAGGAGCAAAUGGAACCUCCUCGACCGUACACCAUUCAGCAACGACCACGCAUGCUGAAUUUGCCGGGAUUCUCGCAACCAACCACUAUGAACGGCGGCGAUUCGCUUGAACCGUAUAACUGUACACUUUCACCGGAACUAGGCGAGAAGAAAAAGAAGAAAGUAAAGACGGCAAACAAAGGACAAAAAGAGAAGAAGCUCCCAAAGAAAAAGGUUUCGGGGCGCACCGAUUCACAUCAUGCGAUGCGCACAAAAGAUUGGCUGGAUACCGAAGAAGCGAAAGAAGCCGCAGCAAAAGCUUUAAAAAAAACACACAAAAGUCCUGCGAAGAGAAGUGAUGUGGAAUCUCGUGAAUCACGAAAAAGAGGGAAGGUUAAGAUGGUUGAUGAACCGAUUGAUAAAGAUGUGUAUGAAGCAGCCCCAGGUAUUUGCACGCCAAGCAAUCCCAACUUGCAUUUUGGAUCGGGCUCAUCGAAUGGAGCUCUCACGCCACAGGAUACUGCGCAACAUAAAACGAAGAUGCAUGAGCGAACAUCGAAGCUGAAAUUGAGCUCUUAUAAGAUACUUGGCGAAACAGAGGACUUGAAAUUGGUGAGAUAUUUUGCUGUGUCUUGCUGA